GUGCAAGUCCGCUCACGCACUUUUCGUGUCAGCAAUCUCGGUUUCUGGGCAACUAUUGCGAAAGACAUUUGCGAGAACGUGGUGCUGGUGGGCAUUGUUCUCCAAAGGCAGGGAUAUCAGAUUGACAUGCUAAAGACCUUUGUCCUGUUCAGCAUCCGCCCCCGCGGUGCGUUUUUUCAUGCGCUCCUUGGCUACAUUGACGGUGGUUGGGGACCUGAUGGUAUGAUGGACAUGAUCGCCCAAAUAUUGCUGUCCAUAUUCGGAGGAUACAUGGCGCUUUUCGGCGCUAUCAGUGCCAAUCACACCCUUGACCCCUCACGCCCAAUCUGGUGGAAAACCUACCUCGCAGGUGGCGCCAUGGCCUCAAUCGUUACCGACUUCCUGUUGCUCUACGUAUCUGCAAUUGGCAUCUCUAUCGCCUUCAUUUGUUGUGGUGGUCUGGUUGCUCUUGCAUACCUUGUUACAUUCCCCGUAGUCCUAGCCUGGAUGAUGCUCAUCGUAGCCCCUUUCAAAGAACUCAAAAUCAUCCUCCAAAACGCGUACUACUUGGUACGCGGGCACAAACGAUACCGCUCCCCAGACUCCCUGUUUACUUUCCACAACGUCUGGUUCUCACGAUGGUACAAGAUCACCAUGUUCAUUUCGCUCGUGCUCUUCAUUGGGUGCUGGAUGUUCUGGAACGGGUUCUUGAGGCUGUCUGGGGAAUUGUACUGUCCGCAGGAUCUGCAGAAUGUGGAUUUGACGAUGAUUGGGUUCUAUGCGGCGAGUGUGGUGCUGAGGAAGGUGUUGUGCUUUUUUCAAGGAGAGCAGGCGAGUGUAGAGGGAGACGAGGGGUUGCUUGAUGCCCAGCCUUUGCAGGAUUUCGGGAAGCCGGUGGUGUGAUAAUGGAGCUGAGGAACGAGGAAUGACUUACGAGCUAUGUAAUGAGUUAUCAUAAUACGGGGGUUUUGGGGAUUUUGGGUAUAGUUGGCUUCAGUCCCUGUUUGGAAGUAUCUCAAUGUGAAUGACAGAAAGUUGACGGGUUUCCGGUCUAAUCUCGAAGAGGAUUGGUUCAGUUA